AUGGCGAUGAUGAUGACUGGCCGUGUGCUGCUGGUGUGUGCCCUCUGCGUGCUGUGGUGCGGUGUAUUUGGAAUUGUGGCCUACGGUGCCUGCGGUGGGGAUGCCGAUGGCAGUGCGGUUGAGUAUUCGCUCUUGCGGUGGCGCGCUCAGCUGCGGAGUGAAUGCGCGGAGGAGGUCAGCAGGAGGACAGGAGACGGUGCGAAUGCGUCUGCCGUGGAGGAAUGCGUGCGUCAGGGGACGGACGGUGUGCGUGCCGUUGUGGAUGGCCGCGGUCAUUGGAGGCCUCAACAGUUUGUCGUUGUUGCUGCUGAGAACGCUGAGGAACUUGAACACAAUCAUGAAUCUUCUCCACAAACACUAACAGGGAGUGUCGCUCAGUUGCCGGAUCAACAACCGUUGGAAUCAUCGCCGAAUUCAGUGCCAGGAUCAGCAGUUAUUACAACUGGAGAAGGGAAGCCAACAAGUUCCGCACAGCCUCCUGGUACGCCGGAUAAAGGAAGUGAAGGAUUAAUAAAAAAGGAAAGUGACGAUGAAGGCACAAAGGAGAAAAGCGAAGAGGAAGAGGACGAGGAAGUUGAAGAAACCGAUGAAGAAGAAGAUGAUAAUGCAGGAAGCGGGACAUCUGAUGGAAGUCAAGAACAAGGAAAGCAGAAAGCAGGUACUGGACAAAGGGCAUCAGGAGGCACUGGAAAAGAAAAUGGAAAUGUUGUUGCCGGCAAUAAAUUGACUGAAGCGGCCGCAGCCUCUCCGCCUGUUGUUUCCGUCGACGUCGAGAAUCCCAAAAGUGUCGAGUUGACUCGUGACGAUGUUGGAGGAAAGAGACAAACCCAUGAAAAGACAGUGCAAGAGCCACCAGCAGUAAAGCUGAGAGAGAAUGUAGCAGCGGAAAUAAUUUCCACGGAAGAUGCAGCGGAAGGGGAAAAACAAAAGGCGGAAGAAAAAGCGGAGGAAACAGAAACGAAAGAGGAACAAAGAACCACCGCAGAAAAAUUAAAAGAAGAAACGCCAACAACACCAGAGAAAACGACGAAAGAAGAGCAAAAGGAUAAGGAGGUACAACACGUACAAAGCAAAAACGAAGAAAAAGAAACGGAUGGAGCAGAACCAACAGCCAAAAAAGAGGCAGACGUUGAAAAAACGGCCGCAUUCAAAAAUAUCAACAUGAAUAACAUUACCAAACCUGGCGAAAGUGACAGCAGCACCGCUGUCUCCCACACCACCUCCCCUCUUUUGCUUCUUCUUGUUGCGUGUGCGGCUGCUGCUGCGGUGGUGGCCGCGUGA